AUGGCUUGUCGACGAAUUGCCCACGAUAAAUCAUUGGUUAUCCCUACACACGGUAUCACUGUCUCGAAUUCGCUGAACGACGACAGUAAGAGUGGGCGGAACGCGGCAAUGCGGAAGCAUUGUCGCGUGAGGGCUUGGCAACUGGUCGCCAAGAGUAUGUCCACGACAUGCUUGAGCAUACAGCGAUUUUGUCGCGAGAACACGCUUCUCGUCAUGACGAUCGUGUCGGUGGUGCUUGGAGUUACGCUGGGAUUCGGCUUACGUCCACUGAAUCUUUCCGCUGAAACUCUUCAACUCAUCAACUUCCCUGGCGAGAUAUUCAUGCAAGUACUGAAAAUGAUGAUCUUGCCGUUGAUAUUCUCGUCGCUCAUAUCGGGUGAGAAGGUCUUUCCUUCUUUUCUUUUUCCUUUUUUUCCACCAUACUCUGUGCUCAUCUUUCGUCCUUAUUUGUUUUUAAUUAUCAUUUUUUGA